GGGCGCAAAACCAAAAUCCCUAAUCUCAACAUCACUGUCUCUCUUACUCUCUCGUUUCUGCACCGAUCACCCUCUCACUCUCUCGUUGUUCAUCUCAUCGCACCGAUCAUCAUCGCACAGCCGAUCUACUCACAGUCUCACACUCACUCUCUGGUUUUGCAUCUCUGCACCGAUCGACUCACACACGGAUUGUUCCGCAAAAAACCCUUUAGCUGUCAAGAGCUCUCUGAUCGACCUAGAUGGUGGGUCGUUGGUUGAUCUCGUGGUGUCGGAGAGCCAAAUGGAUUUGAAGACUCUAAAGGCUGAAUCAAUGCCGAAGCUGAAGAUAACAAAGGUUGAUCUCGAAUGGGUUCACGUGCUCAGCGAGGGUUGGGCGAGUCCGCUCAUGAGAGAGGAUGAGUAUUUGCAGAGCUUGCAUUUCAAUUGUUUGAGAAUGAAAGAUGGGUCUAUUGUGAACAUGUCCUUGCCGAUUGUUUUAGUCAUUGAUGACCAGGCUAAAGAAAGAAUUGGGGCUUCGAUUCAUGUUGCAUUGGUUGGGCCUGAUGGUGAUCUGGUUGGUGUUCUUCGGAGUUGGCAGAAAAUAAGUGAUCCUGGAAGUAUUGCAGAGGUGCUUAAGCAAGUUUAUGCAGAUCACUCAACAGAGGUUGAUAAAGUGUUUUCCCGUAUCCUUGAGACAGCACAACACCCAGCAGCUGCUGCAUCCUUUGUCUCAAUUAUGUUUGCUCCUCGGGGACAACUAUCCUUCUAGGAGGCUUUAUCUAGGUGUCAAGCGAAUGAUGUACCAAUCUGUCUCAUGUAUGGAAAAGAAGACCCAUGGGUGAAGCCUGUGUGGGGUCUUCAGGUGAAAAGACGGCUGCCAAAAGCUCCAUAUUAUGAGAUCAGUCCUGCUGGUCACUGCCCUCACGAUGAAGUUCCUGAGGUACCCAGCUCAUCACUGUCUACAUUAGAAAUCCAUUUGAUUGCCCAUCUGCAGUUAGUGUUUGUUUUGACAUGCCCCUGUAGUGAAAGUUUAUUAUAAGAUGUUCAUAGUUACAGUUGAAAUCUUGGAUGAAGAAAUUUGGUUUUGCUGUUGAUUUUGUUAGGACUUUUUCCGUUAGUAUAUGAGGGGGUUUGAGCCGUGCA